AUGAUGGUUGAAAGAGAAGAUUUGGGUCUCAGUCUCAGCUUGAGUGCUUUCCCUCACCAGAAUCACCAUCCCAACAACAACAACAACAACAACAACAACAACAACAACAACAACAACAACCCCAUUCAGCUCAAUCUCAUGCCCUCUUUGGUCCCAACUUCAUCUUCUCCUCCUCAUUCUGGGUUCAAUCCCCAAAAGCCCUCUUGGACUGAUGCCUUUGCUUCUUCAGAUCGGAACACGGACACGUGUCGCGCCGCGGCCCGGUCUUUUCUCCGGGGCAUCGACGUGAACCGCCUCCCCUCAACAGGCGACUGUGACGACGUGUCGUCGCCGAACAGCACUGUAUCGAGCGUGAGCGGGAAACGAAGCGAGAGAGAGGCCAAUGGUGAAGAUCUCGAUCUCGACCUCGACAGAGACGGCUCGCGAGGCAUGAGCGAUGAAGAGGACGGCGAGACCUCGAGAAAGAAGCUCAGGCUCUCCAAGGACCAGUCGGCCAUCCUCGAAGAGAGCUUUAAGGAGCACAACACUCUCAACCCUAAGCAAAAGCUGGCUUUGGCCAAGCAGCUGGGGCUCAGGCCUAGACAGGUGGAGGUCUGGUUUCAGAACAGAAGGGCAAGGACUAAGUUGAAGCAGACGGAGGUGGACUGUGAGUUCCUAAAGAGGUGCUGCGAGAAUCUGACGGAGGAGAACCGGCGGCUGCAGAAAGAAGUUCAGGAGCUGAGAGCACUGAAACUCUCCCCACAGUUCUACAUGCAGAUGACCCCACCAACCACCCUCACCAUGUGCCCCUCGUGUGAGCGUGUCGCGGUCCCACCCAACUCCAUCUCACCCUCCGCCACCGUCGAUCCCCGGGCCCACCAUCACCCCCACCACCACCCGAUGGUGCCCGUCCACCACCCGCGGGCCAUCCCCGCCGCCGGCCCUUGGGCCGCCGCCGCCAUCCCGCAACAACAACCGCGGCCGUUCGAAGCCUUCCGUGCCACUCGGCUGUGAUCCGGAGCUCGGCUGAGGGUAUUUCAGUCAUAUUAGUAGGUCGGACGUGUCUCCGUACGGACUAUGAUGCAAAAAAGAAGCGGGUUGUAAUAGCGUACGGAUUCUUAUAUGUAGCCUCAGCUCCAAGUUUAGGUCUGGUUCUCUAAGAUAUGGUGGUUAGAAUAUGUGAUUUGGUGGGUCUUAUGUGUUUUCUAGUAAUUCAUCCAUCAUUCUCAUGAUCUGGCUUCUUCCUCUGUGCUUUGUAGAUUAGGGUUUGGUGGUGCUACUAAUAUUUCUUCCCCUGCCUUUUUUCAGAAACAAUUUGUAGGGGAAAAGGGAAGGGGAAGAAGAGGAGGACUUUUGAUGUAAAGUGUUAAUGUCUAAUUAUAAUUUGAUUUUAACAAAUGUUAAAAAGAAAGGAACUUGUGUUUAAAUUAA